AUGUGGCUCUACCUGGUGGCUCUGCUGGGUCUGUGGAACCUCCUGCGCUUGUUCAGGGAGAGGAAGGUGGUGAGCCAUCUCCAAGACAAGCAUGUCUUCAUCACAGGCUGUGACUCCGGCUUUGGGAACCUGCUGGCCAGACAGCUGGACAGGAGAGGCAUGAGGGUGCUGGCUGCAUGUCUGACGGAAAAUGGAGCUGAGGAGCUGAGGAGGAAGACAUCAGACAGGCUGGAGACGGUGACCCUCGAUGUCACCAAGACAGAGAGUAUUGUGGCAGCCACUCAGUGGGUGAAGGAGCGUGUUGGGAACAGAGGACUCUGGGGCCUGGUCAACAACGCUGGCAUCUCCACCCCCUCGGGUCCCAAUGAGUGGCUGACCAAGAAGGACUUUGCAACGGUACUGGAUGUGAACCUGUUGGGCAUGAUCGAGGUGACCCUGAGCAUGCUGCCCUUAGUGAGGAAAGCAAGAGGCCGUGUGGUCAACGUCUCCAGCAUCGUGGGUCGAGUGUCUUUCUUUGGUGGUGGUUACUGCAUCUCCAAGCAUGGUGUAGAGGCCUUCUCGGACUCCCUCAGGAGGGAGCUCUCCUAUUUUGGGGUGAAGGUGGCUGUUAUAGAGCCCGGUUUCUUCAAGACUGAUAUAACCAGUAGUGACAAGCUAUCAUCAAAUAUAAAGAUGGUGUGGGACCAGGCCAGCUCAGAGGUCAAAGAGAUCUAUGGCGAGAACUUCCUGGCAUCAUAUCUGUCAAUGCUAAAGUCAUUGGACCAAAAGUGCAGUGAGGACCUCUCCUUGGUGACAGACUGCAUGGAGCACGCGCUGACUUCCUGUCACCCUCGCACUCGAUACUCAGCUGGUUGGGAUGCCAAGCUCUUCUACCUCCCCAUGAGCUACCUGCCCACCUUCCUUGCGGAUGCCAUGGUCUACUGGACAUCCAUAAAGCCUGACAAAGCUCUGUGA